AUGGAUAUCCCGUACUGCGGUCCGUCAGGCUUCCCUGUCUUUGGUUUCGGACCUGGACAGGGAUCUGCUAUGCAUUACCAGGACGGCCAGUACACUGUGUACCCCAGCUUCCCUAAUCUGCAGUACAUGUAUGCCGCGCAACAACAGCCAAAUGAUUAUCCUACCGACCGCAACGCCCUCGGCGACGGCAAGGCUGAAUCCAAACCGAGGCUAUCCAAGGAUGAAGUUGAGAGAUUGGAAAAGAUUUUCCAGGAAAACCCAAAGCCAUCCAGCUCGGUCAAGGCACAACUUGCCGAGGAACUUGGACUGGAGCGUCCCAGAAUCAAUAACUGGUUUCAGAACAGGAGGGCCAAGGCAAAGCAGGAAAGGAAGCAAGAGGAGUACGAAGCGCGCCGCGCUGCAGAAAAUGGCGAUUCGGAGUCUAGGUCGCCAAUUACAGAAACCUCGAGUGGCGUAGCAGAGCUAUUCGAUCAAGAAGACCAUGAGCGGGCGAAGCCUUCUUCGGCACCGUUUCCCAAUUUGGAUGCAACCACAAACUCCACACCGUCUGUGGACAAUGAGGACGAUGGCGAGGACGACGUCGCCAGUCACUCUGAACAGUUUGGCUCGCCUUAUGCGGCCCACUCAACAACCUCUCACCUGGAAAGCGCAGCAGGCGAGCUGCAGUCUCCGCUCUCGGUGAGCCUGCCACCGUCAGAGAAUGUCGGUUUCUCUUACCCGCAUGUCAACCAGGCAUUCGGUGCUGCGGAAGCCAUGCAAAACUAUGCGUCCUUCAGUCUACAAGACGGUCAGCAGGCCAAAGACCUCAGCCUCAACCACGGCGUAGAGAAUGUUGAGCACGGUCUACCUUCUCCAGAGGAAAACAUUGUGGAUACUCAGUAUCAGAGCAAUCAAUACCUCGAGUUGGUUGGACCCAGCUAUCCACCCUCGGCCUUGCCAUAUUAUCAAUCUCAUCCCAUUAUGGAGGACGAAGUCAAGCAGGACCAUGAAACAGAGGAGCAGGAUGGUUUCGCUGGCACAUUCCACUCUGAGCAUGUUGGCAUGUCACUUCCCCAAGAUGGCUCGACUAUUGGCAAUUCCUUCAAGGCACCUCCGCCUCCAGCCAACAUUGCAUCGCGCCGAAACAUUCCGAGGCCAGCUGCCCUGACUGUUGCGACCCCACGCAGUCGUUCCUAUAACCUGGGACCCAAGACGGGAAUGGACAAUUACAGACGAGCAGACCCUACCAGUCCUGCUACAGCCAUGCGCAGAAUCGCCUCGGCUGGUGGAAAUAUGGCUGGGAGAAUCCAGAAACAGGCCACUGGGCCGCGAUCCCCUCUGUUCCUGAACCGCAACACGGAAGCAUACCUGCAGUUUAGGUCACCGGUCUUCAAUGCGGCAUUCACCGGCGCCACUCCGCCAACGCCCAUGACACCGGCUAUCAUGAGCCAGGGUAGACGCGAGCCAGCUGUAUCUUCCACCUGUUCUGACGACGAUUCUUUCAUGCUUGGCCACGGCAUGGACUCCCUGAAGACUCCCCCGGAGACGCCUGGCGUCAUGGGUGUCCUUGGUACCGCCUUUAACCAUCAUGCCUUCAACACUGGCAUGGACUUUGCUGCUGAGCAGCCGCUAUUGACACCCGGCUUGCCAUCAGAAAUGCCCGAUCUUAGCAUGCGACACAUGCCAAGCUACGUGGAGAUGGGUGAUGCCAGCCUCCCCACGACACCGCUGUACCCCAACAUGAUGUCUUCGAUGGCACAAGACCCAAACAGUCUUGUCGCUGCGGUAUCGGGGAAUGCCCAGUUCGACUGGGACGCGAAUGAAUCUAUCAAUUCGUCGAGAUCCUCUCCGGGUCAGCCAAGGUCCCGACAGAUUCAGUUCACUCCCAACAUGACACCCCAGGACUAUAACACUGUCCCAUAG